CCAAUCUAAGAGAUAAGAUAAAUUGUUGAAACUUUGCUCCGAACAUGUUGCCUUCAGAAACCCCAGGUGGGAAGCCAGGAGGAGGAUCCUCAUGUGAACGAAACUUUGAGCUGGAGGACAGAAGAGUCAGUCAAGAUCUGUGCAGCGACAGUGUUCGCCAUGAUGUGGACUGCAGGUUUCUGCCUCCUGUGGGCUUUGUCCGCCCUCGGUGCUCCGGUAAACAAACAGAGACAGAGAAUGCUGCUGAUCUCCUUCGACGGUUUCCGGUGGGAUUACGACCGCGAUGUAGACACUCCGAACCUCGACAAAAUGGCCAUGGAUGGAGUCAAGGCCCUGUAUGUCACACCUCCUUACCUCACCAUCACCAGUCCUACACACUUCACCCUCUUGACAGGCCUCUACGUUGAGAAUCACGGGGUAAUCCACAACAUGUGGUUCAACACAACCACCUCGGAGAAGAAGCCGUACUAUCAGACUCUGUUUGUGAAUGAGUGGUGGGACAAUGGCUCUCUGCCGAUCUGGAUCACAGCGCAGAGACAGGGCCUUAAAGCUGGCUCUCUUCACUUUCCUGGCACGUCUUCCAGUUACCAGGGACAAGUUGCUAUGGUGCGGGAAGUGGAGCCGAUGCUUUACAACUACAAGAACGAGACGGCGUGGAGAGAGAAUUCAGACAAGGUGAUGGGCUGGUUCAGAGACCAGGAUCUGGACUUUGUGUCCAUGUACUUUGGCGAGCCAGACGGCAUAGGCCACAGAUACGGCCCCGACUCCCCAGAGCGCCAGGAGAUGGUCAAGCAGGUUGACAGAACUGUGGGCUACAUUCGACACUUAGCUGAAACUCACGGCUUGGCCAACAGCCUCAACAUCAUCGUCACAGCAGACCACGGCAUGAGCAGCGUGUACCGCAAUGGUCUGGUGGAAGAGAUCACCCUGUCCUCCAUUCCGGGCUUCUCCUUCAGAGACCUGUCGUUUCACCUGGUGGAUUUCGGGCCCUCUGGGAUGCUGCUGCCAAAGCCGGGCAAGCUGGAGAAGGUUUACAGCGCUUUAAAGGACGCCCAUCCACACCUUCAUGUUUACAAGAAGGAGGAGAUGCCCGAGCACCUCCACUUCGCCAAAAAUGAUCGUAUCCUUCCCAUCAUUUUAUGGGCCGACCCCGGAUACGUCAUCAAUGGGUAUUUCCCGGUGCAGUUCCACAAGGGCGAGCACGGCUUUGACAACCAAGACAUGGACAUGAAGCCUUUCUUCAGGGCAGUGGGUCCGGCGUUUCGCAAGAACCUGGAGGUGGGACCAUUCGAGACGGUGAACAUCUACCCUCUGAUGUGUCACAUCCUGGGCAUCGAGCCGGAGGUCAACGACGGCCACCUGAACGCCACCAAACACAUGCUGGUUACGAGCGCUGCUACUCAGGGUGAAAAUAGGAAUGUCCUCACAAACACCUCGACUGGAAUCGCUGCAGUGGCUGGAUGCCUUGUUGUAGUUUUUGUUGUUGUGACGUCCCACAAACUACUCAAGAGAAAACGCAAGGAUAAAAGAUCGGGAAAUCUGCAGCAUCUCCCAGAGGAAGAAAAUACAAAACAAACUGCACUUUGAUCAGCGCACCAGCUGAUUAUUUCUCAUCUGUCCUGAGGAACUAACAGAUGUUAAUUGCACAAAUAACCUUUUUAAAAAUUCAGAUUUUUUGUUCAAAAUGGACAAUAAAUAAUGAACACAAAAGGGAGAAGAGAAUAAAAUAAAAUACCUCAUUGACUCACUUUGUGUUUACUUUGUUUAAUAAUUUGAGGAACCCUUUAAUACAUAGUAAACGUGGUAUAUAUGUACUUUACUGUUUAAUAGCAUGUUGUUAUUAAACGUGGGAAUUAAUAAA